AGCGCCGUGACCUGCUUAUCGUGGCCGGCGGAGAACGUCAUCAUCUUCGGUCUUGCUGAAGGAAAGGUGCGAUUGGCAAACACGAAGAACAACAAGUCUUCCACCAUUUAUGGGACAGAUUCCUACGUGGUCUCGCUGACUUCCAAUGUGUCGGGGAAGGGGAUCCUGUCUGGCCAUGCAGAUGGAACCAUCGUGCGCUUCUUCUUCGACGAUGAGGGCUCCGGUGAAUCACAGGGUAAGGUGGUGGUGCAUCCCUGUCCUCCUUAUGCCCUCGCCUGGGCUGCCAACAGCAUCGUGGCUGCAGGCUGCGAUAAGAAGAUUGUGGCUUAUGGGAAGGAGGGCAAUGUGAUCCAAACCUUUGACUACAGCCGGGACUCGUCAGAGAAGGAGUUCACCACGGCAGCUGCCAGUCCUGGCGGCCAGUCUGUCGUCGUCGGCAGCUAUGACAGGUUGAGGGUUUUGAACUGGAGCCCGCGCCGCAGCGCCUGGGAGGAAGGCAGACCCAAAGAAAUAGCUCACCUCUACACCAUCACGGCUUUAGCGUGGAAGAGAGACGGGUCGCGGAUCUGCGCGGGCACGCUGUGUGGAGGAGUUGAACAGUUCGACUGCUGCCUUCGCAAAAGCGUCUACAAAAAUAAAUUCGAAAUUACAUAUGUGGGACCAAGCCAGGUCAUUGUGAAGAACCUCUCAACGGGAGCUCGGGUUGUGUUGAAAUCCCAGUAUGGGUAUGAGAUCGAUGAGGUGAAGAUCCUGGGGAAGGACAGGUACCUGGUGGCCCAUACCUCAGACACGUUAUUGCUGGGAGACAUCAGGACCAACAAGCUCAGUGAGGUGGCCUGGCAGGGAUCUGGAGGGAACGAGAAGUUCUUCUUCGACAACGAGAACGUCUGCAUGAUCUUUAACGUUGGAGAGCUGACACUGGUGGAGUAUGGGAACAACGACAUCCUGGGGUCUGUCCGCACCGAGUUCAUGAGCCCUCAUCUCGUCAGUGUCCGUAUCAACGAGAGACGGCAGAGAGGCGUGGAGGAGAACAAGAGACUGGCUUACCUGAUAGACAUCAAGACCAUAGCAACAGUGGACCUUGUUGGCGGGUACAACACCGGCACCAUCAGCCACGACAGCAAGAUCGACUGGCUGGAGCUGAACGAGACGGGACACAAACUGCUCUUCAGGGACAAGAAGAUGAGGUUGCAGCUCUACGACAUCGAAAGCAGCACCAAGACGACCAUUCUGAACUACUGCGCCUACGUGCAGUGGGUCCCGGGCAGCGACGUGGUGGUGGCUCAGAACAGGAACAGCCUCUGCAUCUGGUACAACAUCGAUGCUCCGGAGCGAGUCACCAUGUUUCCCCUGAAGGGGGAUGUUGUAGACUUGGAGCGCAGCGACGGCAAGACUGAAGUGAUCGUAUCCGAAGGGGUGAACACUGUGUCCUACACCCUGGACGAAGGCCUCAUAGAGUUUGGCACUGCUGUAGACGAUGGGGAUUAUCACAGGGCUGCUGCGUUUCUGGAGACACUGGAAAUGUCCACGGAGACUGAAGCCAUGUGGAAGACGCUAAGCAGGCUGGCUUUGGAAGCGAGGCAGCUGCACAUUGCAGAGAGGUGCUUUGCAGCUCUGGGCAACAUGGCAAAGGCUCGAUUCCUGCAUGAAACCAAUGCCAUUGCCGACCAGGCAGCUCAGGAGCACGGUGGGGACGGUACAGACCAUUACCUGGUGCGUGCUCGCUUGGCCAUGCUAGACAAGAACUACAAGCUGGCAGAGAUGAUCUUCCUGGAACAAAACGCUACGGAGGAGGCCAUGGACAUGUACCAGGAGCUGCACAUGUGGGAUGAAUGCAUCGUGGUUGCUGAGGCCAAGGGACACCCGAUGCUGGAGAAGCUGCGUCGGGGUUACUACCAGUGGCUGCUGGACACCCAGCAGGAGGAGAAGGCUGGGGAGGUCCAGGAGGGCCAGGGCGAGUACCUGGCGGCCAUCGGCUUGUACCUGCGGGCAGGGCUGCCGGCCAAAGCAGCGCGGCUGGCGCUGAGCAGGGACGAGCUCCUGGCCAACGGGGACGUCAUCAGCAGGGUGUCCACGGCGCUGGUCAGAGGGGAGCUGUUCGAGCAGGCUGGAGACCUCUUUGAGAAGGUUGGGAACCCGCGAAAGGCUCUGGAGUGCUACUGCAAGGGCAGUGCCUUCCUGAAAGCGGUGGAGCUGGCUCGCGUGGCGUUUCCCGCAGAGGUUGUGAAGCUGGAGGAGGCCUGGGGAGAUCAUCUGGUGCAGCAGAAGCAGCUGGACGCGGCCAUUAACCACUACAUCGAAGCCAGGUGCUCCAUUAAGGCCAUUGAGGCAGCCCUGGGAGCCCGGCAGUGGAAGAAGGCCAUCUACAUUUUGGACUUGCAGGACAAACAGACAGCAGCCAAAUACUACCUCAAGAUUGCCCAGCACUAUGCAGCUUUACAGGAGUACCAGGUUGCAGAGGAGCUGUACCUCAAAGGAGACCGGACCAAGGAUGCCAUCGACAUGUACACGCAGGCCGGGCUCUGGGAGCAGGCUCACAAGCUGGCCAUCAGGUGCAUGAGUGAGGAAGAGGUGUCCGUGCUCUACAUAACCCAGGCCCAAGAGAGGGAGAAGCAGGGCAAGUACAAAGAAGCAGAGAGGCUGUACAUCACCAUAAACCAACCCGAGCUGGCCAUCACCAUGUACAAGAAGUGCAAGAUGUACGACGAGAUGGUUUGCCUCGUGGCCAAGUACCACAAGAACUUGCUCAGCGAUACCCACCUGCACCUGGGCAAGGAGCUGGAGGCAGAGGGACGCUUGCAGGAGGCUGAGUACCACUACCUGGAAGCUAAGGACUGGAAAGCCACGGUGAACAUGUACAGAGCGAACGACAUGUGGGAAGAGGCAUUCAGGGUGGCCAAGGCACACGGGGGAGCGAACUCCUACAAGCAGGUGGCCUACAUGUGGGCAAAGAGCCUGGGUGGAGAGGCAGCGGUGAAACUGCUCAGCAAAUUCGGGCUCCUGGAGAUGGCCAUUGACCACGCGGCAGACGGCGGGGUCUUUGAAUUUGCUUUUGAACUGGCCCGCCUCUCCAUGAAGCAGAAGAUGCCAGAGAUCCACCUGAAGUAUGCCAUGUUCCUGGAAGAUGAGGGCAAAUUCGAAGAGGCUGAAGCAGAAUUUAUUAAAGCUGGGAAGCCCAAAGAGGCAGUGCUGAUGUUGGUGCACAACCAGAACUGGGAUGCUGCGCAGCGCGUGGCCGAGGCCCACGACCCGGACAGCGUGGCUGACGUGCUGGUGGGACAGGCACGCUUCGCUUUUGAGCAGAGGGAGUUCCAGAAAGCAGAGGCCUUCCUGCUGCGGGCACAGCAACCCGAGCUGGCCAUCAAGUACUACAAGGAGGCUGGCAUGUGGAGCGAGGCCCUGCGGGUCUGCAAGGAGUACAUGCCCGGUCGGCUGGAGGAGCUGCAGGAGGAGUGCGGCCAGGAGGCGGCCAAGAGGGGCUCCAGAGGAACAGAAGGGCUCCUGGAGCAGGCGCGGGAGUGGGAGCAGGCUGGGGAGUACGCCAGGGCCGUGGACUGCUACCUGAAGGUGCGGGAUCCCAGCAGCAGCGCCCUGACGGAGAAGUGCCUGCUGAAGGCUGCUGAGUUGGCCACUAAAUUCUUGGGUCGGUCGCAGAGCGUGGAGGUGACACGGACGGUGGCUCCCCAGCUGAUGGCCAUGAAGAAAUGCAGUGCGGCGGCUGAGCUCUACCUCAACCUGGACCUUAUCCGAGAAGCCAUCGAUGCCUUCAUCGAAGGGGAAGAAUGGAGCAAAGCCAAGCACGUGGCCAAGGAACUGGACCCCAGGUCGGAGCAGUACGUGGACCAGCGGUACAAGGAGUAUUUAAAGAACCAAGGGAAGGCAGACUCGCUGGUGGGAGUGGAUGUCAUGGCUGCUCUGGACAUGUACGUGGAGCAGGAGCAGUGGGAGAAGUGCCUGGAGGUCGCAGCCAAGCAGAACUACAGCGUCUUGCACAAGUACGUGGCCCUGUACGCAACCCACCUCAUCCGGGAGGGCCACUGGGACAAAGCCCUCAGCCUGUACGUCCAGCACGGAGCACCUCCCAACCCACAGAAUUUCAACAUCUACAAGCGUCUCUUUGUGGAGAUGGUGAACGCACCGGGCAUGAACUGUGCUGAAGCUUACUCCAGCUGGGCUGACCUGCGCGACGUCCUCUUCGAUCUGUGUGAAAAAUUGGUAAAGUCAAGCGAGGCGAACACUGCAGCGCAUGAGGAGUUUGAAACGAUGCUGCUGAUCUCCCACUACUACGCCACCCGCUCCGCUGCCCAGGGCGUGAAGCAGCUGGACACGGUGGCUGCCCAGCUGUCCAUUUCCCUGCUGCGCCACACCGAGCUGCUCCCCGCAGACAAGGCCUUCUAUGAAGCUGGCAUGGCAGCCAAGGUAAGAGCUGUCUGGCAUUGCCCACAGCUCCACUUCUCCUCCCAGGCCAUCGAGGAAGGGAACCUGGACUCUCUGGACCACUCCGAUUUCAACAGCACGGACAUCCCCCCCGAGGUGCCGCUUCCCCCCCAACAGCACGUGCCCGUGAGGUACCCCGUGCUCAGGAACAAGAUCGAGUUCAAGCGGCCGGGCCGGGAAGCCAACAAGGACGCAUGGAACAAGUUCCUGAUGGCCGUCAAGGUGAGCCAG